GCUCGAGACUCGUAUCACGCAUAUUUUCACCUCACUCACUAUUUUUCUCCGAACAGCAGUUUUACUUUUCCAAAAGAGGAGGUCAUUGAGGUACUCCGGUCCGACACCAUUUAGUGACUUGUGGAUCACACACAGAACUUUGAAUUCAAUCCUGGCUUCAAUCCUGGCUUCAAUUCUGGUACUGGUAUUAAGCGCCAUGAUGACUGCGUACAAUUAGUUAGAUCUUCCGGUACAUUAUUUGAGGUACUGUAGUGUAAAGCAGCAAGAUGGCUCACAAUAUAGAACGCAUCCGCAAAAUCAAGGACGCGAUUACUGCAUAUCCAGAUUUCCCAAAACCGGGCGUUUUAUUCAGAAAUGUGUUUCCGGUGUUGAGGAACCCUGUAUUACUGGAGGAUCUGAUCAACCUCUUAGCAGAGCAGAUCUCUAAUAAAGCAAAGAAAAGUGGAUGCAGCAUAGAUGCCAUUGUUGGCAUUGAUUCAAGGGGUUUCCUGUUUGGGCCAAUGAUCUCGGCAAAGUUGGGCACAGCUUUUGUUCCGAUUAGGAAGAAAGGGAAGCUGCCUGGAGAGUGUAUUCAAUUAUCAUAUAAGUUAGAUUAUGGAGAGGACACAGCAGAAAUUGAAAAAGACUCUAUAACACCCGGUCAAAAUAUUGUGAUAAUUGAUGAUCUUCUAGCAACAGGAGGUACAAUGAAAGCCGCCUGUGAUCUCUGUCAGCAAGUUGGUGGGUACAUCAUCGAGUGUGUCGUUGUUGUUGAGCUUGACAACCUCAAGGGACGGGAUAUUAUUGUACCAGAAGUAUUUUCACUCAUAUCCUAUUGAUGUCAUCAAGGCUCACCUAGUGUACUUACUACAUGUACGUCUUGUAUCUUUCUUACAGAUUUCUUCUUGGCUGAUGUAGUGCCAAUUCAUAUUCAAUCAUCCAAUUUUUUUGUGAUCGUCCAGGUAGGUUCGAAGUGGUAAAAAUCUGUGUCCAUUUUAUUUCAAAACAUGUAUAUGUGAUGCAUGUUAACAUUACAUGCGGCAAUUGCGACGUAAAUUUUUAAUUAAUUUUUUAAUUUUUCCAUUUUUGACCCUUUAGCACUCCAGCGUUCUAAUUGUUUUUCCAUCUGUUCCUUCCGAGUAUCAAAUGUUUUACUUGUCAGUUAACGGAUAACUCUUUGACUGAGCAGAAGUUCAACUUCUAACAUGAGCUCAAGUAGAUUGUUUUGAUUCUGCACUAUCUCGUCAGAUGUCACCUAAAUCGCGGGCAUCCACGGGCAUGUGAAGGAAAAAGCUGCGGACGUCCACGGGCGUUUGGAGUGCUAAAUGGUUAAAGACUCGUGUGUCGUGUCUGUAAAUGAAUUGCGGCCAAAAUUAUUGUUUUCUACUGCUGUUACUGCUGUUGGUAGUGCGUCGAGGGCCUAUUGGUGCUAUUGAUGACUUAAAAUGUUGUAUUUUUCUCAAUGAAAUGAUCAAAGCUGUCUUUUGUUAUGUAUAAAAUGCUAGGAAAUUUCAAAUCAUUUUGAAUCAACUUGUGCUACUUUUACAUGUACUUAUCCCAAAUUUGCCCUGUGUCUUACUUCAUUUAUGUAAUUCUUUUGAUACCUCAACCACUAUAUUUGAUCAUUAAAACUCUUUCAACCUCAACA